UCACCUUACCGCAACCCGACACCCGCCGGCAGGCGUCUAUAAGAAGGUGCCGGCCACUGGUCAGGGCACCAUUCGAUUCCUGCCCACUGGACAAGCAGUGAUGGCUCUAUCUCUGGUGCUGACGCUGGCGGUGUGGUGCUGCGCGUGGCAGACGGCGGCCGGUGCGGGCGCGCUGCUGCCCAGCUACCAGCUGCUGCUGCCCUUCCCGGCGGGACCCGCUGCUCCCGUGGCCGCCCCCGCCAGCCGCCUGGUCGUCCUACUGCCUGGAACAUCGCCGCAGCCGCUUACAGCCACUGCCCUCGACGCCGCACACCAACAGGUGGAGGCGGCGUCGGCCCGCCUUUCGCAGGUGGAGGCGGCGUCGGCGCGUCUGUCGCCGCUGCCCCCGCAGCCGUCCCGCGCAGACUUCCAGGCGCGAGCCCAGGCCCAGGCCUUCCCCCAGCAGCAGCAGCAGCAGCUGCAGCAGCAGCAGCUGCAACAGCAGCUGCAGCAGCUGCAGGACGACUCCGUGGUGGCAGCCAGGACCAGCUUCCAGCCACCUGUGAGGGGCCGCCCAGACUUCCAGCAGCAGGCCGCCCGCCAGCAGCAGGCUGACUACCAGGUGGUGAGCGACGGCCGCGGCGAGUUCGCAGCUCCGGCCGGCCCGCAGCCGAUGAGGCCGUCCGGCUUGGGGCGCGCGCUGCAGACACCCUCCUACCAGGCGCUCGUGGCUGACUACCGCUUCCGCCAGCAGCAGCAGCAGCAGCUGCAGCAGCAGGCCUCCAGCUACCAGCCGCUGGCCACCGAGUACCAGUACCGCCAGCCGCAGCGGACCUCCUACCAGGGGGUCUCUACCGAGUACCAGUACCGCCAGCAGCCGUCGCAGGCGCAGGCCGUGUCAUCGGCGGCCUCCAGGGCCGACUUCCGCCCGGGCCCUUAUCCACUCCCCACGCCCUACUCUGCGGCCCGUGCCAACCUAGUGCAGCAGCAGCAGCAGCAACAGGAGUACCAACAGCAGCAGCAGCAGGAUUACCAACAGCAGGGGGCGGCGUACGACGCUUCGAGGCCCGAGUUCCGCUCCCUGCAGCCGCAGGGACUGCUGCCUGGGCAGGAGUACUCUGUCAACUUUGAAGGAGACGGCUUUGGCUAUGGAUACACGAUCCGCGGAGACCACAACCUGCAGCGUGCUUAUUGAGGACUCGGAGAAGGUGAUGACGAAGACAGCGGAAACGGCUAGCACCAUGAUGACGACGACCCCGCCACAGAAAAAACUAUACUGCCAAACGCUCAGCUUGUAUAUAGCAUUUUACCACGCAUGUAAAUAAAUUUUGCUUCGAAAGCAUA